AUGCAGAAUGGCUCCUCUGAGUGUGACCGGGCUCUCAUGAAGGCUUGGUACAAAUACGACGUGGUCUCUGCCAAGACUAGUCAUCUCGCUGCCGGAAUGGUCGUCAAGGAAAUCCCGCGAUUCCGAGAUCACGUUCUUGGACCUCCUGGAAAGGACUUAUUGGAAGGAUCUUUAUUACAUGCGGCGAGCUGGAGUGUAUUGUGCAGGGGAUCAAGACGCUGCAUGAGAAACAUUCAGUACCAAGUUCAUAGGAACGUCGAGUUCUUUGAGCAGGAGGUGCGCCUGCGUAGUGAACCCAUUGUGGAUUUUUCUUUGGGAGACGAAUCAGGGGAAAGAGAGCGUCUAGUGCUGAAUGCGCCGGUUCUCGUCGUAAUGGCCGAAGGAAAAAGAAAUCUACAACCUUCACCCGCCAUUAGCUGGGCUCGUGUCGAUAUCGUCAAGAUGGUCCAUCCUUUCGGCGACAAAGCCAAGAAAGGCAACGACAAUGACGACAAGGGUAUCACGACAAGAGCAGGAUAGAUAGACGAUUGCAAAAAGAAAACGAUGGUCAUGACGAUAGAAGGGGAGUUUCCCCCAUUAUUGGCCUACUUCAGUGCGGCGAGAUGUUCUGGGGGAUGCUCGAAGGAGGGUGGGGCAAGUGAUCAUAGCGGCUGGCGUUAUGUGCAAUGGUGGUAGGCAGCACUUUCUCAGGAAUUGAUAGGUGCCGGGGGCCCGGGUGGUAGUUUUGCCUCCUUUUAUCCUGGUCUUUUCGACCACCUCCCUCCGAGGUACUGCAGACGGCAAAGAUUCGACUGCACCUCGUGCUGUUUCUGAGUCGACGAGGAUAGGGAAUAAUAGGUCGGUGUCGGGGUCAAGGUAGCGGGUAUGCUUCCAUUUCCGCGGCGGUGGUAGCUUGUAGGUGGACAUUUGUAGACUGGUAUAAGGAGAACAAUAGGUGCGAUACAUUCGGGUGAUGAGAUAUCGAAUCACGUUGGCGUAAAGGCGGAAACAUGGAAGUCGC